GAACUCUGUAGGGGUACAGGAAGUGUUGCCUAUGGUGACGGGGCGCGUUCAGAAUCCAGAAAACAUGGAGAAGUACGAGAAGAUUAAAGUGGUCGGCAGAGGAGCAUUCGGGAUAGUGCACCUUUGUCGCAGACGCACUGAUGGCGCGCUGGUGAUCUUGAAGGAAAUCCCAGUUGAGCAGAUGACCCGUGACGAACGUCUCGCGGCCCAGAAUGAAUGCCAAGUCCUCAAGUUACUCAACCACCCCAACAUAAUUGAGUAUUAUGAAAACUUCCUUGAGGAUAAGGCGUUAAUGAUCGCAAUGGAAUACGCUCCAGGUGGAACCCUGGCUGAUUACAUACAGAAACGCUGCAACUCCUUGUUAGAUGAGGACACCAUAUUACAUUUCUUUGUUCAGAUCUUACUGGCUCUUUAUCAUGUGCACAAUAAACUCAUCCUACACCGGGACCUCAAAACCCAGAACAUACUCCUAGACAAGCAUCAGAUGAUAGUAAAAAUAGGAGAUUUUGGAAUCUCGAAAAUUCUUGUCAGCAAGAGCAAAGCUUAUACUGUUGUGGGGACACCGUGUUAUAUCUCUCCAGAACUUUGUGAAGGAAAGCCAUACAAUCAGAAGAGUGACAUUUGGGCCCUCGGCUGUGUGCUUUAUGAGCUUGCUAGUCUCAAGAGAGCUUUUGAGGCAGCAAACCUGCCAGCCUUGGUGCUGAAGAUCAUGAGUGGCACAUUUGCCCCCAUUUCAGAUCGUUACAGCCCAGAGCUGAGACAACUAAUUCUCAACAUGCUGAAUCUGGACCCAUCUAAAAGGCCCCAACUCAAUGAGAUAAUGGCUCAUCCCAUCUGCAUUAGGCCAUUGCUCAAUCUUUACACUGACAUAGGCAAUGUCAAAAUGCGCAGAAUAGAAAAGCCACUUUCUACUGUACAGACAGGGCCUCAUGGAAGACCUGGUGGACGCUUAGCAAGUACCAGAACCAGAGGAGGACUGUCAGGGCUAACUUCAACAAAGAUGAUGCACCCAUUGCCUUUAUCUUCAGUGUACACCUGGGGCAGUGGCAUUUCCACUCCUCUGCGUCUGCCCAUGUUAAACACAGAGGUUAUACAAGUGUCCCUGGGCCGCACACAGAAGAUGGGUGUCACCAAAUCUGGGAGGCUCAUCACAUGGGAGGCCCCCUCGGUUGGAUCCGGUGAGCCCACUCUGCCCGGCGCUGUUGAGCAGUUGCAGCCCCAGUUUAUCUCCCGCUUCCUGGAGGGACAGUCAGGUGUCACGAUCAAAUCUGUCUCAUGUGGUGAUCUCUUCACAACCUGCCUAACAGGUAUGCUUCUUAAAAUCCAGAAUUUUCCAAGCAGGUCUCAGUCUAUUGUUGUGCUAGAGCUGUGUGAUUCUGGAUAA